AUGUGUCGUUGGAUUACGUUUCUAUCCACGGAGGAAAUCCUCCUUUCCGACCUUGUACUCAAGCCAAGCAAUAGCCUCGUCGAACAAGCCAUCGACGCGAGUUAUCACCCUGGUUUCGCACAGCGAUUCAACCAUCAAGUCAAUGCCGAUGGCUUUGGAGUUGGAUGGUACCACAAAAACAGCACAUGCCCGGCUGUUUUCAAGGACACGGAACCUGCCUGGUCCAAUGUCAAUCUCCGGGAAAUCUGCAAUGCCACGAAAAGUGCGUGUGUCAUUGCCCACGUAAGAGCUGCAUCUCCCGGGAUGGGAGUCUACGCUCCAAAUGUCCACCCCUUCAAGGCUGGCCGCCUGUUGUUUGCCCAUAAUGGAGCCAUUCAAGGAUUUUCGCAGAUUCGACGCAAGCUUUUGGCUCAAGUGACGGAUGAAGCCUAUCUCGGCAUCAUGGGUACAACGGACAGCGAAUGCUGCUUUGGACUUUUGUUGACCAAUCUGGCCAAAGAUGGAUAUAGCAAGAUCUCACCUUACGAACAAACGGAGCCCUUUGGUCAUGACCGCCUGUACAACGCCAUGAAGAGGACCAUCCGACAACUGGAGCACAUCCUCAUCAUUAGUGGCAUUCGGGAGGCAAUCGAUGUGCCCAGUCGCAUGAACUUCACCCUAUCCGAUGGAGAGACCGUCGUCUGCUCUCGAUUCGUUGACAAGUACCCUCUUGUGGCACCUCCCAGUCUGUACUUUGCCUAUGGAGAUGCUUUGCAGAUGCAGCGAGAGUUGUGUGAUGAAGAAAACGCCGACGACGGUGACGACGAGGAUGCUCCGUCGGACGAUAGUCGCCAUGGAAUUGAGAUACUCGACGACCACGAUGCCGUUGAGAAAGACUUGAGCUUUCAACAAUCUCUUCCCGGGAAACUGCUCAAAGACGUUGAUCCGAAAUCGUGUGCAUUUAUUGUAUCCAGUGACCCGCUCACCAAGACCAGUUCCGAAAUCACCUGGCAUCGGAUUGCCGCCAACAGCAUCUUAUGCUAUACGAGAGGAUCCAUUCCGCGCCUCCACAAGCUCAAAGUUGGUGGUGCCAAGAAGCCCGAAGAUUAUGCUUUCUUUUUGGUGGACUUUUGA